CCGGGGGCGGGGCCUGCUGCAGCCCCUGCGUUCCCCGACGGUCGCCGGGAGAACUGCAGAGUGACUGAGCCCAGAGCUGCGCAGUCGGACGCAGGCGGGCGCGAGCGGGCGACGCCGGGCUUGCAGCGCCGAGCAGAAAGCAAAGCCAGAAGGGAGCUCCAGGACCAUCAGGAUGGGGUCAGCCUGUAUCAAAGUCACCAAAUACUUUCUCUUCCUCUUCAACUUGCUCUUCUUCAUCCUGGGCGCGGUGAUCCUGGGUUUCGGGGUGUGGAUCCUGGCCGACAAGAGCAGUUUCAUCUCUGUGCUACAGACCUCCUCCAGCUCACUCAAGGUGGGAGCCUGCGUCUUUAUCGGCGUGGGGGCCGUCACCAUGUUCAUGGGCUUCCUGGGCUGCAUUGGUGCCAUCAAGGAGGUCCGCUGCCUGCUGGGGCUGUACUUUGCCUUCCUCCUCCUGAUCCUUAUCGUCCAGGUGGCUGCAGGAGCCCUCUUCUAUUUCAACAUGGGCAAGCUAAAGCAGGAGAUGGGCAACAUCGUGACCAACCUCAUUCAGAACUACAAGGACAGUCACGAGGACAGACUGCAGGAGGCCUGGGACUACGUGCAGGCCCAGGUGAAGUGCUGCGGCUGGGUCAGCUUCUACAACUGGACAGAAAACGCGGAGCUCAUGAACCGCACCAACAUCACCUACCCCUGCUCCUGCGAGGCCAGGAGGGAGGAGGAGGACAACUUCGUGGUGAGGAAGGGCUUCUGUGAGACUUUCGACAGCAACAGGACUGAGAGCAGGAACAGCCCCGAGUACUGGCCUGUGUACCAUGAGGGCUGCAUGAAGAAGGUGCAGGCCUGGCUGCAGGAGAAUGUGGGCAUCAUCCUAGGCAUCUGUGUGGGCGUCGCUGUCAUCGAGCUCCUGGGGAUGCUCCUGUCCAUCUGCUUGUGCCGGCACGUCCGCUCUGAAGACUACAGCAAGGUCCCCAAGUACUGAGGCGGCUGCUGUCCCCCACCUCCCUGCCAGUCCCCCAGCCUCCAGGCUCCUCAGGGUCUCCAGGCUCUGCUCUAGGCUCACCGCCCACCUCACUCCCUGUGCCCGUCCUGUGCUGGCUGGAGAGGGGAGGCUUUCUGGAGCCUGGACCCGUCUCCCUCCCUUUCUGCCUCCAGACUUGAGCCCCCACGGCUCCGUGGCUGCUCUGCUUCUUGCCUGCUGGGAUCCGCGUAGGCCCCCGCGGCGUCCCUGCACAGGGGCACGGGGUCUCCGCCCACCUUGGGAGCUGUGUACAUGGCGUGGGGAAAGGUGUAUUCAACACUGGGGAUGGGGGUGGGAUUUGGAGAAGGCACCGGGGCUGCCCACUGCGUGGGUAAACUUUUUUUUUCCACUAUAAGGCUUCUAUCUUUGGUUUUCACAUUUUCAUCGAAGGUAGUAGGAGAAGGUGGGCUUUACCUCACAUUCUUAGGAGCAGCAGCCCAUCCUCAGGCCAGCUCAGAUCAACUGAGGAUGAGGCUCUGAACUGGGCCAAAGAAGGGGCCCCCUGGGCCGGGGAAUCUGGACUGGUUCUGGGCUGCUUAGGGAAUCAGGGGGAUGAACCCCGGGGGCCUGACACAGAGCUGGUCCUGCAUUUGCCAGGAUCCUGAGUUGUCCAGGGAAGGGUGGGGGGAGGACGCUUUCCCCGGAGAAGCUAGGCGGUCCUGUCCUUUGCCCCCGAGGGAAUGGGUGGGUGAGACUGUGCCUUGUAAGGGAGUGGGAAGGGGCUCUGUGCACAGUUCUAUAAAACACGUCCAAGAUUUGACAAGUAACAUUAAAGAGGAUUUGUAACGAU